AUGGAUCCAGGAAUAUUAUGUUUUCGUCACUGCACUAUUAAAUCUGUGUUUUGUAAAACUAUCCCAGAAGUAUGUCCAUUAUGUCAAGAAUUAAUUGUAAAUUUUAAUAUAGAGCCAUUUAGAAUUCCAUAUCCAUUUAGAAAUGCAACAGGUCAACCAACUUCGAUUGUAAUAAAACCUUCCUGUGGUACAUUUUUAGAUGACUAUAAUAUCAAUGAUCUUUUACAUAUUGGAGUAGUCAAUUCUAAUGGAAAGCUUUAUGAAUUUGAUAAAUAUGGUUUGAUUAUUAAUAAUGUUUCUCAAUGGACAAAUUGUAUCGCCAUACAAGUAGUACCGACUUCUUGGGAUUAUUACUGGGAUGAAAUAUUAAAUGCUAUGACACAAGAUAUUAAAUGGAAAUCUAUUAAUUAUGACAAAAAUACCAUGAAUUGUUUUAACUUUGUUAGAGAAUUUUUGCAUAAAUUAAAUUAUAAUAAUUUACAAUUUGAGAAUGGUGAAGAUAUGUGUAAAAAACUUAUAUUACCUAAACUUCAUGAAGCUAUCAGAUACAUUACAUUAUACAAAAACCUGAAAGACAAUCGAUACUUUAUAUCAGAUUAA